AUGUUGUUACUGACUACAUAUCAAGCAUUGUGGAGACAUUUUCGUUGUUGCCAGCGGUUUGGCUUUGUCCGCAUUUGUCGACACCAUGAUGGGAGAACUAAAGGACGGGUUGAUUUGUCAAUAGAAGAACAAACAAAAAAGGCAGCAUUUUCAUCAGGCUUGCGAGAUUACGAAAACGUCCCAAAAUUGUUGAGCUGGAAAAAAUUAAGAAGAGGGAAUAAUUUAACCAUUCCGUCCGGUCAAGAAAUUGAAUAUAUGCUUAUCUGUUCAUUAGAAAAAGAAUUUAAAGAAUGGUAA